GCCCCUUCUAGAAGGUCAGCCGGUGGCUCACAGGAGCUGCCCUGGCCUGGCUCACCCAAUAUGGAGCAUGAGGCUGAGAAGGUCUCCUGUGAACCCUUCGAGGCCAAUAUGCUUACCCAGAGCUGCUGUCAAAACUGCCUCCACCCUGAGGAGGCCCAUGGAGCAAGACACCAGGAGCUGGGGAGCUCUUCCAGCGUUGAGGCGCCCUACUACGACCUGCCCCGCUGCCCGCCAGCCCCUGAGGACCCGCUCAGCACCUCCACCUCAGAUUGCCAGUCUGCGGUGGGCCAGGGGCCCAAGAGGGGCCUGUCCCUGACAGCAGGGCUUCCUGAGGAGGACCCCAAAGCUGCCCCCAGGAGCAGGCACCAGGAGCUGGAGGCAGUGCCCUAUCUGGAGGGCCUGGCCCCCUCCCCGAGUGGCAGCUGCUACGAGGACCCCAACUCUGACACCAGCUGGAGCCCUGGCAGUUCCACCCAUGACACCAGCAGGUCAUCCUCUGUGGACUUCGACACUGUUGAGAGGUGGGCGGAAGUCCCCAGCUGGGACCUGCUUGCGAUGAUCCCGCAGAGGCCCCAGGAGGGGCAAAGAGCCGAAGGUGCCCGAAGGGUCACCAGGUCCCCUACAAGAGGAGACACUGCAGGCCAGAAAAAGGAUGACUCGGGCGCUGGGAGCCGCUGUGCCGCACAGCACUGGGCCAAGCUCCGGGGAGAAGGCGGGUACUUCUCCUUGGAGCGACAGCACUCAGCCCCUGCCCAGGCUUCCUCUGCGACACCACAGCACAGACCUCACAGCGCCACCACCCCGGCCUCUGCUCAGGCUGCUUCUGCACAGCGAGAAGCCCCCCGGGCCUCCUCUACCCACCGAGUCGCUCAGAAGGACAACCCUAGGCCCUCUUCCACCCAGCAGAACACCCCCAGGGCCUCCUUCACCCAGCGGAACACCCAGGCGACCUCAUUGCCCCCCAGAGUAAGCCCGCGGGGUAGCCCCGGAACCUCAUCCACCCAAGGAAGCCGUCCUCAACUGUCCUCUCCCCUCAGAGCUGCCCAGGAAGACAACCUCGGAACCUCUACUCAACAGGACAGCCCACAAUCUUCUGUUCCCACUUCUCAGCGGGAGACCCCCAGGAUAUCCUGUGCCCAGCGGGACAACCCCAGAGCCUCCUCUCCCAGCAGAACCUCCCAGCGGGACAACCCUACAGCCUCCUGUACCCAGAGGGACAACCCCAGAACCUCCUCCCCGAGCAGAGCCACCCAUCGGGACAACCCCAGAGCCUCCUGUACCCAGAGGGACAACCCCAGAACCUCCUCUCCCAACAGAACCUCCCAGCGGGACAACCCUACAGCCUCCUGUACCCAGAGGGACAACCCCAGAACCUCCUCUCCCAACAGAACCUCCCAGUGGGACAACCCUACAGCCUCCUGUACCCAGAGGGACAACCCCAGAACCUCCUCCCCAAGCAGAGCCACCCAGCGGGACAACUCCAGAGCCUCCUCUCCCAGCAGAACCGCCCAGCGGGACACCCCCAGAGCCUCCUCUCCCAACAGAACCUCCCAGCGGGACAACCCUACAGCCUCCUGUACCCAGAGGGACAACCCCAGAACCUCCUCCCCGAGCAGAGCCACCCAGCGGGACAACUCCAGAGCCUCCUCUCCCAGCAGAACCUCCUCUCCCAGCAGAACCACCCAGCGGGACACCCCCAGAGCCUCCCGUACUCACCGAGACACCCCCAGAACUUCUCCCAACAAAGCCACCCAGAGGGACAACUCCAGAACUUCCUGUGCCCAACGGGACAAUCCCAGAGCUUCUUCUCCCAACAGAACCACCCAGAAGGAAAGCUCUAGAACCUUCUGUGCCCAAUGGGACAACCCCAGAACCUCCUCCCCCAGCAGAACCACCCAGCGGGACACCCCCAGAACCUCCUCUGUCCAACAGAACGCCCCCAGAAUCUCUCCUGCCCAACGAGCCAACCCCAAAGCCUCCUGUACCAGGUGGGAGCACCUCAGGAGCACCUGCACCCAGCGGGACUCCCCACACUCCUCCUUCGUUCAGCGGGACGGCCCUGGGACUCCCAGCGUUCAGACCAGUAUCCCAAAGGACAACCCGGGACCACCAUCUCCCUGCCGCUCCACUCAGAGAAACAGUCCCGGGAAUCCUUCUCCCCACCGCACCAACAGAGACAUCCCCUGGGCUUCCUUCCCACUCCGGCCAACUCAGAGUGACGGCCCCCGAUCCUCUUCUCCAUCCCGCUCCAAGCAAAGUGAGGUGCCCUGGGCAUCCGUGUCCCUCCGGCCAACCCAAGGUGACAGGCCUCAGACCUCCUCUCCCUCCAGACCAGCCCAGCGGGACCCACCCCAGACUUCUGCUGGCCCCUCCCAGCACACCUUGCCCUCGGGGGCCACCUCUUCUACCCACGAUCCUGGCCACCUCAGUGCCUGGCGCAUGUCCUCGCCUCUGUACCCUGGGGCCCGCGGGGCGCCCCAGUUCUCUUCUGGGCCCUUCCAGCCAACAUGUGCCGUGUGCAUAGGACACCGAGAUGCCCCUCGAGCCUCUUCACCGCCCCGCUAUUUGCAGCACGACCCCUUCCCCUUCUUCCCAGACCCCCAAGCCUCUGAGAUGGAGUUGCCCCACCAUGACCCGCCCCCCCUGCCACCGGCUGUGUGCAUUGGCCACCGCGAUGCCCCCUGGGCAUCCGCGCCCCCUCGCCACACCCAGUACGACCCCUUCCCCUUCCUCCCAGACACAUCAGAUACCGAAAACGAAAAGGAGCCCCCGCACCACGACCCUCCUCAGUUGCCCCCACCUGUGUGCAUUGGGCACCGGGAUGCGCCUCGGGCCUCCUCCCCGCCACGCCAGUUCCCGGAGCCCUCCUUCCUGCUCCAGGAUUACCCCAGGGCCAGCACCGAGAGCCUCGUCCCUUCCACGGAUUCUCUGCCCGAGCCCCCGCACAGGCCCGCCCCCGUGUGCAUCGGCCAUCGGGAUGCCCCCUCCUUCUCCUCGCCGCCCCGCCAGGCCCCCGAGCCCUCCCUGUGCUUCCAGGACCCCCCCGGGGCUAGUAUGGAGAGUCUGGCCCCCUCCACCGACUCCCUGCGCGGCUCCCUCCUGCUGCCCCCACAAGUGUGCAUUGGCCACCGAGAUGCACCCCGAGCGUCCUCCCCUCCCCGACACCCGCCCAGCGACCUGGCGCUCCUAGCGCCUUCACCUCCCCCUGGCAGCUCAGGAGGCUCCCGGGGCUCGGCAGCCCCCUGGGAAACCAGGCACAAUUUGGAAAGGGAGGAGUACACCGUGCUGGCUGACCUGCCCCCGCCCAGGAGGCUGGCCCAGAGGGAGCCAGGACCCCAGGCACACGGGGGCCGCACCCGCAGCCCUGGCCGCGCAGAGGUGGAGCGCCUCUUCGGGCAGGAGCGCAGGAAGUCCGAGGCACCAGGGGCCUUCCAGGCUCGGGAUGAGGGAUGGUCGCAGCGGCCCAGCCAAGGUCAAAGCCAGCUUCACCGAAGACAUUCCAGCCCCAUCCCCAGCAGGCAGGUGACCAAGCUCCCUGCCAAGCAGCCAGAACCAGCCGCCCAUCGGAGCAGAGCAGAGCCCCCUGGGUCCCGGAGUCUUGAGAGGCGGCCUGAGGGUAACCUGCGACUCCAGGCCCCCUCACCGCCCUCCAGGACAUUAGCCAGACCCCCUGAGAGGGAGCCACGGACUGAGAGACCUGCUAAAGGAAGCCGAGCAGACUCCCAGCAGCCUCUGAGGGGGUGGCAGAGUCAGGAGGAGCUUACGGGGUCCCAGGGCUCUCACAGACACUUGGAAAGAAGUUGGAGCAACCACGAGAAAGGCCCAGGGCCUGAGGGCUGGCCAGGACUUGGGGAGCCCAGCCUGGGGGCUGCCAGAAUGCUGGAGGGAACAUGGAGAAGCCUUCCCAGGGAGUACAGGGACAGCUGGGGGCAGUCAGAGGCCUGGAAGGAGGAGCCCCCCAGUAAUGGGCUUCAGGACCCCUUCCAGGAGCCAGCCCAGGGGGGCUGGGGCAGCCUGCAGGAGCUGUCCAGUCCCCACCAGCCUGUGACUCUCCCAGAGAGUUCCUGGGCAGGCCCCCAAGACUUCUCAUACCCUCCGCAGCCAGAGACACCCACUGCCCUGGGCUGGAGGGGUGAGGGAGCAUGCCCACACCUUCCCGGCCCCGAGAAGCCACCUGACCUCGACUGGAGGGACUUGCUGGGCCUCCUCCGGGCACCUGGGGAGGGGGCCUGGGCCCGACUCCCAAGGCUGGACUGGGAAGGUCUCCUGGAGCUCUUGCAGGCCCGGCUGCCCCACAAGGACCCAGCCAGACACUGGGGUGACCCUGCCAGGACUUCAGGACCAGAGCGGGUCCCCCCAGGCACAAAAGAUGCCCCAGAGCCAGAGCGACACAGCCAACCCAAAGACUGGAUGGAGGCCACUCAAGUGAAUGGACAUAUCCCUGGGCAGCGGCCCCAGAGCCCGGCCCAGCCACCUUGCCCUGCCUGCACCUCCACCUCCACCCAGUGGCCAAAGACCAAAGUGACAAGUGACCUAGAGACCUCAACUCUGGAGCAGAUAGGCCACCUGGGGAGCAGCAGCCCCACCGACGGGCCCAGCCCCCCAGUGCUGGAGUUCCAACCAGAGGAGUGUGAGGCGUCAGAACCAGGCAAAGGCCAAGAUUUACUGACUGACCAGAAGCAGGCAGACCCGGCAGACAAGAGGCCAGCAGAGGGCAAGGCUGGGAGCCCACUCAAGGGCCGACUGGUGACCUCAUGGCGGAUGCCCGGGGACCGACCCACGCUGUUCAAUCCGUUCCUGCUGUCUCUGGGGGUCCUCAGGUGGCAAAGGCCCGACCUACUCAACUUCAAGAAGGGAUGGAUGUCGAUCUUGGAUGAGCCUGGAGAGCCCACCUCCCGCAGCCUCAGCCCUUCUCACCUCCCCUCUCCCCAACAGUGGAAGAAGCACUGGUUCGUGCUGACAGAUUCAAGCCUCAAGUAUUACAGAGACUCCACAGCGGAAGAGGCAGAUGAGCUGGACGGUGAGAUCGACCUGCGCUCCUGCACGGACGUCACCGAGUACGCGGUGCAGCGCAACUAUGGCUUCCAGAUCCACACCAAGGAUGCUGUCUAUACCUUGUCGGCCAUGACCUCAGGUAUCCGGCGGAACUGGAUCGAGGCUCUGAGGAAGACUGUGCGUCCAACUUCAGCGCCAGAUGUCACCAAGCUCUCGGAGUGCAAUAAAGAGAACACGCUGCACGGCUAUGGCUCCCAGAAGGGCUCCCUAAAGGCUGGGGAGCAGCGAGCCGGCUCUGAGGCCAUCGGCCGGGCCGGCCCCCGGAAGGCGGAUGGGCCUCGGCAGGCCCUGGACUAUGUGGAGCUGUCCCCGUUGACUCAGGGCUCCCCGCAGCGGGCCCGCGCUCCCGACCGACCGGCCAAGCAGGAGGAGCUGGAGCGGGACCUGGCCCAGCGCUCCGAGGAGCGCCGCAAGUGGUUCGAGGACAGCCGGGCCCCCGAGGUGCCCGCCGGCGAGGGGCCGCGCAGGAGCCUGGGCGCCCCGCUGACGGAGGACCAGCAGAGCCGGCUCAGCGAGGAGAUCGAGAAGAAGUGGCAGGAGCUGGAGAAGCUGCCCCUGCGGGACAACAAGCGGGUGCCGCUCACCGCCCUGCUCCACCAGAGCCGAGGCGAACGCCGCGGGCCCCCGAGCGACAGCCACGAGGCCCUGGAGAAGGAGGUCCAGUCUCUUCGAGCCCAGCUGGAGGCGUGGCGCCUCCGAGGGGAGACCCCUCAGAAUGCACGCAAGUCCCAGGAGGAUGGCCACGUCCCCCCAGGCUACAUCUCUCAGGAGGCCUGCGAGCGCAGCCUGGCGGAGAUGGAGUCCUCGCACCAGCAGGUGAUGGAGCAGCUGCAGCGGCACCAUGAGCGAGAGCUGCAGCGGCUGCAGCAGGAGAAGGAGUGGCUGCUGGCCGAGGAGACGGCGGCCACCGCCUCAGCCAUCGAAGCCAUGAAGAAGGCCUACCAGGAGGAGCUGAGCCGCGAGCUAAGCAAGACGCGCAGCCUGCAGCAGGGCCCAGACGGCCUCCGGCAGCAGCACCAGUCGGACGUGGAGGCUCUGAAGCGGGAGCUGCAGGUGCUGUCGGAGCGCUACUCGCAGAAGUGCCUGGAGAUCGGGGCGCUGACGCGGCAGGCUGAGGAGCGCGAGGACACCCUGCGCCGCUGCCAGCAGGAGGGCCAGGAGCUGCUGCGCCACAACCAGGAGCUGCACACCCGCCUGUCGGAGGAGAUCGACCGGCUGCGCAGCUUCAUCGCCUCGCAGGGCACCGGCAACAGCUGUGGGCGCCCCGAGCGGAGCUCCUGUGAGCUGGAGGUGCUGCUGCGAGUGAAGGAGAAUGAGCUCCAGUACCUGAAGAAGGAGGUGCAGUGUCUGCGCGACGAGCUCCAGGGGAUGCAGAAGGACAAGCGCUUCACCUCGGGAAAGUACCAGGACGUGUACGUGGAGCUGAACCACAUCAAGACGCGGUCAGAGCGGGAGAUCGAGCAGCUGAAGGAGCACCUGCGCCUGGCCAUGGCCGCCCUGCAGGAGAAGGAGUCCACGCGCAAUAGCCUGGCGCAGUAGAGUCCUCAUGGUCCAGUCCAGCUGCAGACCCUCCAGCCCAAGGGACCAAUAGCCCUCUUUCCCUGAUGGAUGGAGUCAGAAGCCAAGCUUUCUCGCCACCCUGUGGGCCGCGCAUGCACGUGUACCAACACACACACACACACACACACACCCCCCACACGUGCACACUCUGCGGAUCUGAGCGCGCCCUGCACUGGGUCUUACCUGGCACCUUCUUCAGGAUUUUAUAUGUGAAGAGAUUUUUAUAUAGAUUUUUUCUUGCAGAACACUUUAUACUUUUUAAAAAGCAAUUCCUGGUGGUGUGUGCCCCAGCACUGAGUCCCCUGUCUCUAGUCCCCUGCUGGGGUGUCAGCUGUGGCCCUGCCCGGGGUCACAGAGGAAGCCCAGGCAGCAGCCAGGCAGGUGGCCCUGGUGAGGAGAGGCCACGAGCCAGCACCCUCCUCCUGCCUACCUCCCACUAACUACUUCCUGCCCUGGGUGGACCCACACCCUGGGACUCUGGACAGAGGACCGAGGAAGCCAGAAGCUGCCCCACGGCCCACCUCCUCCUCCAAGGGGUGCUGGGCCUGGAAACGCUGGCGCCACCCAUGAGGGCGCUUCUCUCCUGCUCUGUGAACCUCCUUAACUUAAUAAAACGUUCCAGCAA